ACAUCUGAGCUGUCUGUGCUUCCUGAGCGCACACACACACACACACAGCUGAAACAGUGCUCAGCUUCUCAUUCUCGCCGUCACCAUGCUGCUGAUCCUGCUCUGCUUCCACACCUUCACCUGGGUCGCGUCUCAGGCGCCGCCGCCUCCACAGAACGUCCAGGUGGAGAAGGGUCAGCUGACGUGGACUCCAGGGGAGCCGGACGUUACCUACACUGUGAAUUACCGCAGAUUUAACUCUGAUAAAUGGGAAGCUCUUCCAGCCUGCAUCCAGACGCCUUUCCAUUCCUGCAACAUAUCAGCGAUUGGGCCGCGCGACACUAACGACUCGCCCGAGAACAGCUGCGUGACGCUGCGUGUGCGGGCCGAGAGACGGGGGCUGAGAUCUGAGGGUGUUAACGCCUGCAGCAGAUACGGUGACGUCUGCACGCCUCCGUUAAGCAUUUUGACCCGGCCUGGAUCACUCACCGUAUUCCUUAACGAUGACCACGAGCUGGCGAAGGAACACGACAGCAAUGCCAAGCACAUGAUUUACUUUGGCAGAGAGGGAGAGAGUCCUCUGCAGGAGUAUGAAGACACCAUAGCCUCCAUGACCAUUGAAGACCUGGAGGAGGGGCAGCGGUACUGUGUUCAGGUGGCCUAUACGGUCCACGGGGACCUCGUGGAACCACGCAGCUGCAUCCAGUGUGAGGUCAUCCCUGCAUCAGAACACGUGAACAGGACGCCGAUGAUCGUGGGGCUGCUCGUCGGCAUCGUGGUCCUCGCCAUUCUUGCAUUGGGAUACCUCGGGUUUUUCCAAACUGAGAAAAUCAAACGCUGCCUACACUAACCAUGAUGCAGUGAGAGUCGUGUUUCCCAGGCAGAGGACAUUCAACAAGCUGUGCUGCUGUCCAAGACGACGUCUUACUUCUUAAACCUAAACACACAAACUUCUCAAAACAGAGUCUGAUGGAGGACUUUAUUAUGGCAGAGCUUGUGUGUUUCCUACAAACUGGACUAUCAGAUGAAUGAGUUUUCGGAUUAUUUUCGUGGGCUGCUGGGAUGUAUGCGUUUGGACCGUGAUGAGGGGAAAACAAGAUUUCUGAAGUGACGUAAUAGGAUAGGUUAAAAAAGCUGAUACUGGAGUCUGCUCAACUGCAGGAGGAGGACGUCUCCUGAGAAGCAGUUUAGAGGAUUCUGACUCUUACAGUAACUCGUACUGUGUACUAGCUAGCAUGACGGAGUUUCUAUACAGUUGGGUGGGUGCUAUGAUGUUACUGGUGAACUUUAUUUUAUUCAUAUGGUUACUUAGUAGAGUUGCCAACCGUCCCCUAAAAAACGGAAUCCUCUGGUAUUCAGAAUUAAUAUUACCGUUUCGUAUUGAGCUGAAAAUAAACGUGAUUUGUCUUCAGCUACAAUAAAAAAAAAAGACAAAAAGCUGGAGUUAUUCUGUCUUUACGCUGUCAGAUUGAA